AGAAGUAGCGAGAAAAUUAUGGCUUUGAGGGAUAUACCAAAUUUCAUCUUCGUUAUUUUUAUUUCAGUUUGUGUUUCAAUCUUCGUACAGGUGGAUUUCUUUAUAUUAAAAAAUGAAUUAGGAUAUUUUAUUGAUCCUUUGGUGAUCGAACCUUGGUCUGGUGCCGAUGUUGUUGAUUCAGAUGUGAUGAUUAGCACUUCACGAUAUAAAUCAAGGAAGAAUAAAAACUCUGUUGCUGAAGCUAAUGCAGCUUUAAAAGCUGCCAUAACUUUGAGGAAAAAAGGAAACUGGCGAAAGGCUGAAAUAGUCAUUCAUCACGCAUUGUCUCUUGCUCCUAUGCAUCCAGAUAUUCUUACUGAAUAUGGCAUAAUUACUGAAAUUGGUAAGGAAAAUAUUGUUGAAGCUGAAGAAUUGUAUACGCGAGCACUUCAUUGUAAACCAGAUCAUCGAGAAGCAUUAAUUAGGAGAGCUCGAACUUUGCCAUUGGUCGAAGAAAUAGACAAUCAAAUGCUGAAGAAACUUCAUACAAAACGAGCCUUUUUUCUACGUAUCCCACCAACUAAUUCUGCCUUACGUCGUGCGAUGCGCGAAUCCUACUUUUUACACAUAUAUCAUAGUGUAGCACUUGAAGGCAAUACAAUGACCUUAAUUCAAACCAGGUCAUUACUGGAAUCUCGCAUGGUAGUUGCUGGUAAAAGUAUCGUCGAACAUAAUGAAAUACUCGGGAUGGACGCUGCUUUGCGUUUUUUAAAUCAAAGUGUGGUGCAUAUUGGUCAUAUUACUGCUGAUGAUAUUAUCAACAUCCAUCGUCGCGUCCUAUCAUAUGUCGAUCCCGAUUGGGCAGGUGUUUACCUAAAAAAGUUAUAUAACAAAAAAGAUUUUUUUUUUAGAAAAAAAUUUUUUUCUACUGAAUAUAUAUUUUUCAUAAAUAUAUAUUAUUUUCAGGUUUAUAUUCAUCCAUUCAUUGACGGGAAUGGAAGAACCGCGCGUCUACUUAUGAAUUUAAUUCUAAUGCAAGGAGGUUUCCCACCAAUAAUCAUUCCAGUUGAAGCGCGAGCCGAAUAUUAUCAAGCUCUCAAUACAGCGAAUGGAGGUGAUCUUAGGCCUUUUAUUCGUUUCAUUGCUCGUCAAGCUGAUUCGACUCUCCAGGUCUUAAAAAAGAAAUUCUUUUUUCAUAUUUUUUGUUUAUUUAGAAUUUCGCUUUUGAUUUUUGUAGUUAAAUUCUAUAUUUUAACGUAUAUUAUAGUUCGGUUCUUAAUUUAUUAUUUUUUAUUUUUAUUUUUAUUCCAAAAUUUAUUAUUUACUAUUUUUUAA